GCUACAUGCACGAAUAUCGCGAAGCUGUGGGAAGCCGUUCCUCCGGAUUUAGCGGACCUGAUUCGAAAAUACUCCGAGAUUUUUCCGGACGACCUGCCCGUCGGUCUUCCGCCAAGCCGACCCGAAGACCACCGCAUCGAGCUGGAACCAGGCGCCCAACCGAUAGUACAGCGACAAUUUCGGCUCAGCCAACCGGAACUCGAAGAAUUGCAGCAGCAGUUGGAUUACCUCCUGACGAAGGGUUUUAUUCAGCCCAGCACGUCCCCAUACGCCGCCCCAACACUGUUCACACCGAAAAAAGAUGGAGGAUUCCAUAUGUGCAUCGACUACCGCGCGCUCGACCGCAUCACCAUCAAGUCCCGUUACCCGAUCCCGCGAGCCGACGAUCUACUCGAUCAACUUUGCGGUGCCAAGUUCUUCUCGAAAAUCGAUCUGUGAGGAGGUUACCAUCAAAUUCGCGUCGCCGCCGAAGAUUGCCACAAAACCGCAUUCCGAACAUGCUACGGCAGUUACGAAUACCUGGUGAUGCCCUUUGGCCUCACGAAUGCGCCAUCGACUUUUCAGAUGACCAUGAACGGCGUUUUCCGGGAACUCAUCCGAUGGCUCGAUUUCCUCGACGCGGUACUUCUCGCAUCUGGGUGCCCGGCUACGAUUUACUUCGUACCCUUCUAAUCCAGGAAUCCCACAACAACCCUACCUCAGGGCAUUUCGACGUCGAUAAAACCACGAAGAUGCUGCAGCGGGAUUAUUACUGGCCGAAUAUGGCCGAUGACGUGCGCAAGUACGUGUCCUCCUGCACUGCCUGCCAGAUUAUGAAAUCGUCGCAUCAGCGAGUAGCCGGACUACUACAGCCGUUGGUUCCGCCCGAGCGACCCUGGCAACACGUCACGAUGGACUACGUGACAGGAUUGCCGACCGGUCCAAGCGGAAACGACGCCAUCCUCGUGAUCGUUGACCGACUCACAAAAAUGGUUCACUUCAUCGCCUGCCAACAAAACAUCACAGCCGAACAAACUGCGCAGCUGUUCAUCGCGAACGUCAUCCGACUGCACGGACUGCCCUCCGCCAUCAUUUCGGACCGAAACCCGAAAUUCACAUCGAAUUUCUGGCGCCACCUGUGGGACAAAUUUGGCACCAAACUACAAUUUUCCUCCGCCUACCACCCACAGACCGAUGGGCAGACCGAACGAGUCAACCAGACCAUGGAGCAACUCAUUCGAACUACCUGUACUGACCCACAGACAUGGGAGAAAUCCCUUCCGCUGCUGGAAUUCGCGUAUAAUAACGCGACCUCCGCCACAACCCAUCAGUCCCCAUUUUUCCUAAACUACGGACAGGACCCAGUGACUGUGCCAGCAGCAGCGUGCUACAUACAUGACGUAGUGAUUUUCAGCAAAAGCGAAGAAGAGCAUGCUGAACACCUGAAGGCAACGCUAGAUGCUAUAGCGGCAGCAGGGCUGACCUGCCAUCCAGAGAAAUGCAAAAUAGCCAGAAAGACGGUGGCCUACCUGGGAUUUGAGGUGCAAGGCGGGAAGAUGGGGAUCCAAGAGGCCAAGGUGGCAGUGCUGGACAAGCUGGGGGCACCAAAAGACAAGGGAGUCCUGAGAGCACUCCUGGGGUUCUUGAACUACUACCGGCGCUUUAUCCCGAACUUCAGCAAGAGAGCAUAUAGGCUGAAUCAGCUGCUGAGGGAGGGGCAGGCAUGGAAGUGGGGAUCAGAAGAGGAGCAGGCAAGAAGAGACCUGUUAGAGGCCAUCAAGGCAGGGACGGUGCUGCAGCUGCCAAAGAAAGACGCGCCAUUCACAAUCUACACGGACUGGAGCAGCAUGGGUAUGGGAGCCGUACUGUGUCAAGAGCUAGGAGGAGAAGAGCGAGUGGUGGCAUACGCCAGUCGAAGCUGUACAGCAACGGAAGCUAACUACAGGUCAUAUGAGGGCGAAGGAUUGGCAGCAGUGUGGGGAGUAACCCACUUCAGGGCCUACUUGCAAGGGCGCAAAUUCACGCUAGUAACAGACCACCAGCCACUCCUAUGGCUGAUGACUAAUCAGACGCUGACGGGGCGGAAUGCACGAUGGGCAAUGAGAUUGCAGGAAUAUGAUUUUGUCAUCAAGCAUUGCGCGGGCAAGACGCUGCAACAUGCUGACGGUCUGUCCAGGAACCCUCCACCCGCAGAGGAACAGCAAUGAGGGAAGAUGUACAUAGUGGUGAUGAU